AUGGCCCAACCAAAUGCCGAACAACAGGCGGUAGAGUGGGAGGAUAAAGCCUUUAUAAAGCAAGUCACCUUGCGAGGAACAGUAGUCGGAUUAAUUAUAGGGUCUUUUGUUUUGAUAUCGAAUUUUCAAUUUGGAUUACAAACAGGUUGGGUUUCUAUGAUGUCAUUACCCAGUGCACUUUUAGCAUGUGCGAUUUUUAAACAAGUGUAUCCGAAAAUUGUGUCACCACAAAGGUUAGUAGAUCAACCAUUCACAGAUGUUGAAAAUGUAUACAUUCAAAGCAUAGCUGUUGCCGUUGGUACGGGCCCAUUAGCUUUGGGUUUUGUUGGCGUUAUACCUGCUAUUGAAAAAUUUCUAACAAAAGAGGAGUCUGGAGGAUUUAUUACUGGAGAAGAUGGUGGUACAAGUUUAAGUUUGACGAAAUUGAUAAUUUGGAGUAUUGCAUUGGCAUUUUUUGGUGUUUUCUUUGCUGUUCCGCUAAGAAAACAAGUUAUUAUUAAGGAAAAGUUGCCAUUUCCUAGUGGUAGUGCUACUGCCACUUUAAUUUCGGUUUUAAAUGAUUCAGAAAUUUUGCAUGAAGUUCCAAAAUCAGAGUUAAGAAAGAUAUAUUAUGAAUAUAAUGAAGUAUUAAGAUCUGAAGACCGAGAAUCCAGUGCUACUGGGGAAGGUAACAAUGGCACCCCUUCGUUAGGACCAGCGGGAGAUGACAUUAAUGACACCACUACGAACACCACGUAUAAUGAAAAUUUGAAAAUCCUAAUACGUACCUUUACUGUGUCUUCUAUCUACACAUUGGUAUCUUAUUUUAUUCCUAUAAUCAAAGCGAUUCCAAUAUUUGGUUCAUAUUUGAAUGAAAACUAUCUAUGGAAUUUUCAACCAUCCCCAGCUUACAUAGGACAGGGCAUAAUCAUGGGGUUACCAACCACUUCUUAUAUGUUAUUUGGUUGUGUAUUAGGGUGGGGGAUAAUGGCGCCAUUGUGUAAGUUUUUUAAGUUAGUUGAUCCUGAUGCGGAAGUCAAUGAUUGGGAAAAUGGUAUCCAAGGAUGGAUUCUCUGGUGUUCACUAAGUGUUAUGGUUGUUGACAGCUGCGUUGGGUUUAUUGUUGUCACUGUCAAAUCUGUUUUGAAGUGGUAUUUUGAACACAGGGAGGGAAUGUACGAAAAAUUGCCCAGUAUUUUCAGUGCGCAAGAUAUUUUUGGUGGAAAUUCAUCUUUGGGUGAGCAGCAUUUACUGAUAGCUGAGGGUACUUCGAACAGUCCCAUACUUACGGCACCUUGCAGCAAUGGCCAUAAUAGUAUUUCUAAUGAUACGUCACCCAUGGCCAAGAAAUCCCAACUUUCAUUACUGGAUGGUGACAAUGGGGAAUCACAAAGUGGUGGAUUAUACGAAGUGCACAGUAAUACAAUGGUUAGAAUGAAAAGUCUUAAUGGAGCAAGUGCAGUUAGUGGUGGCACAAGUAUGGCUAGGGGUAAUUCAGUGAUUUAUAUGUCCAAAGAACAUGAUCAUGAUGUCAAAGAUCCAAAAUAUUUAAUCAAGUAUACCACUGUGUUUUCAGGUAUAAUAAUAUCUUCUAUAGUUUGCAUCAUAUCAAUGGUAUAUAUUUAUGGCAUUGCAAUUAUACCGAUUUAUUCCAUUAUAUUAGCUUUAAUAUUGGCCUUGUUUCUCUCGGUACUAGCUGUUCGGGCGUUGGGAGAAACCGAUUUAAAUCCUGUGAGUGGGAUAGGUAAAUUGUCGCAGUUAAUAUUUGCUUUAAUCACGCCGAGGAAUAAGCCAGGUGCGGUGUUAUUAAAUUUGAUUGCAGGUGCUAUAGCGGAGGCUGGUGCUCAACAAGCUGGGGAUUUAAUGCAAGAUUUGAAAACUGGACAUUUAUUAGGUGCGUCACCUAAGGCCCAAUUUAUAGCGCAAAUGAUUGGUGCUUCCUGGUCAAUUGUACUGUCUAGUGUGAUGUAUGUUUUAUACAAUAAGGUUUAUGAUAUACCAAAUGAAAAUUUCAGGAUACCAACAGCGGUUAUUUGGAUUGAUUGUGCCAGGUUGGUUUUGGGAAAUGGGCUACCGAAGGGGGCAACGACUACUUCUGUGGUUUUGGGUAUAAUUUUUGGGAUUAUAUCAUUUGUUAAAAACAUUUAUAGAGAUCAUGAUAAAGAUGAAAAUAAAUUUAUUGGGAAAAUGUUAUUAUAUUUGCCUAGUGGAGUGGCUGUUGGGGUUGGUAUAUAUAAUACACCAAGUUUUACUAUAGCAAGGUUUAUUGGGGGGUUAAUAGGCUAUAUUUGGGUUACUCAAAAAAAAUGCAAUCGAACCACAAUAAUUGUUUUCAGUUCGGGACUAGUUUUGGGGGAAGGUAUAUGCAGCAUAUUUAACAUGGUAUUUUCAUCUUUUAAUGUUCCUCAUUUAUAG